CAAAGCUCUUCUGCAGAAACCUCUCUCUCUCUCUAAGUUUCAUAUUCGCUAAUCCAGUGAUCUCCGGCGUUCUUCUUCCGAUCAACAGCUGAAGAUUUGGUGGCGGUGGCGUCCUGAAGUUCACCUGAGCUCCGAUGAGUUGCUGGAAUAAAUUUCCGGCGAUGUGUUCUUCUUCUCGUACUUUCCUUCUUCUGUUUCCUCUGGUUCUUCACUCGUUCGUCGCGCUGGUAUUUGCUCAGGGAUCUAAUAACACCUCGCCAUGGCAGACUUUGAGUGGAGAUCCUCCAUUUGUUGUGGCUCGUGGUGGGUUUUCAGGGCUGUUUCCUGAUUCGAGUGGAUUUGCUUACAGUUUUGCAGUUAUGGUUAGUGUUCCUGAUGUGAUCUUAUGGUGCGAUGUGCAAUUAACUAAAGAUGGAGUUGGAAUUUGUUUCCCGGAUCUGAGUUUUAACAAUGCUACUGACGCUAAGGGGGUUUUGGGGGAAAACCGCAGCAGUGUGUAUCUUGUUAAUGGAGUACCUACUAAGGGAUUGUUUACGGUCGAUUUCAAUGCGGAAGAACUGGCAAAUGUUUCUCUUACUCAAGGUAUCUUUUCUCGGACGAACAGGUUUGAUGGCAAUCGGUUUGUUAUUCUCACUCCUGAAGAUGUGGUUAACCAGUUCAAGCCACCAGGUUUUUGGCUGAAUGUUCAGCAUGAUGCAUUCUUCACACAACGAAACUUGAGCAUGAGGAACUUUGUCCUUUCUGUAUCCAGACGCAUCAGUGUUAACUACAUAUCAUCACCAGAGGUGGGAUUUCUUAGAAGCAUAGCAUCGAGAUUUAAUCCCCGCACAACGAAGUUGAUCCUUCGGGUUUUACAACCAACUGAUAUUGAGAUUACCACCAAUCAGACAUAUCAAUCUCUCUUACGCAAUCUCACCUUUAUCAAGACAUUUGCUUCUGGAAUUCUUGUUCCUAAGACUUAUAUAUUGCCCAUUAAGGAUGGCUAUAUACAAUCUGAAACCUCUCUUGUUUCUGACGCUCAUAAAGCAAAUCUGGAAAUUUUUGCAUCAGAGUUCUAUAGUGACCUUCCACUAAGCUACAACUACAGUUAUGAUCCUGUUACUGAAUACCUGUCUUACAUCGACAAUGGUAAAUUUUCAGUUGAUGGUGUGCUCACUGAUUUCCCUAUCAGUCCAUCGUCAGCUAUUGACUGUUUUGCUCAUUUGGAUAAGAAUGCCAAAAGUCAAGCUAAACCUUUGGUUAUUUCAAAAUUUGGAGCUAGUGGAGACUUUCCUGGUUGCACAGAUUUGGCGUAUUCCAAGGCUAUUUCUGAUGGCGUUGAUGUGCUUGACUGUCCAGUUCAAAUGUCAAAAGACGGAAUACCAUUUUGCAUGAGCUCAAUUAAUCUCAUCGAGAGCACAACAAUAUCUCAAACAUCAUUCACUACUCUUUCUAAAAAAAUUCCUGAAAUUAGUCCUAACGACGGAAUCUUUGCUUUUGACUUAACAUGGGAAGAGAUUCAUGGCCUGACCCCGUCAAUAUUGAGCCCUUCGUCGAAGUUCACGUUGUUCCGAAACCCGAAGUCCCGAAACAGUGGGGAAUUCUUAACGCUACCUGAUUUCUUGGACUUGGCAAAGAAUUCCAGCACUCUUUCUGGUGUCUUGAUCCACAUUGAGAAUGCAGCUUACCUUGCUAAGGCGCAGGGUUUAAGUGUAAUUGAUGCGGUCAUUGAUUCCUUGAGCAAAACUGGUUAUGAUAAUCAGACAGCACAGAAAGUAUUGAUUCAAUCUCCAAGUAGCUCUGUUCUAAUCAAAUUUAAACAGGAAAAGAAAAAAUACGAGCUUGUUUACAAAGUCGACGAGUCAAUUAGUGAUGUGCUCAAUUCUACUGUUGUGGACAUUAAGAGUUUUGCCAACUCUGUGACUGUCAGCAAAACCUCUGUCUUACCUGUAAAUGAGCAAUUUCUCAUUGGACCUACAGAUGUUGUGACGAAGCUGCAAUCACUUAAUCUCUCUGUAUAUGUGGAAACCUUCAGCAAUGAAUUUGUCUCUCAAGCAUGGGAUUUCUUCUCAGAUGCAACAGUAGAGAUCAACUCAUUUGUUAUGGGAUCCGGCAUUGAUGGAGUCAUCACUGACUUUCCAAAGACAUCUGCUAGAUAUAAAAAGAACCGGUGUUUAACAAUGAAAGUAGCACCAAGUUACAUGAGCCCUGUCCAGCCUGGUAGCUUGAUGCAGCUUAUUACUGCAGACUACCAGCCUCCAAAGGAACGUCCAAGCCCGAUUUUAGAUGACAAUGACGUAGCCGAGCCACCAUUGCCUCCGGUUUCGAAGAAAGCCCCAGGACCUGCUGUGGAUGAUGGCUCUACAGCAAAACCUCCAACGUCCAAACCCAAUGGACAACCCAAGCUUGGAGCUGGAACAGGCUUCUUGCUCUUGAACCUUGCCAUACUCUGCCUUUCUCUUCUUCCAUUCUGAGAAAGACAGCAGCGCAUGCUCGGGUUCGUUUCGACUGUAAAUUUCGUACCGUUGUUGCCGUUCUAGAAUCGAACUUUGGUAGUCCAAAUUCUUUUCAUGAUUUGGUAUUUAAUUCUUUGAACUUUGCUGUCUGUAGGUAUCUUUAUUUCUUGUUUCCCACGUUAAAAACAUCCAUUCUUGAGAGGAGGGUACAUUCAUGAUGAUGGAUAGAGUAUCUAUCUAUCUAUCUUUGUAACCAAAUCUUCCACUAUUUUGCUCUUCUUGACUGUGUUGUCACUUGUAAGUUAUGUUUAUGAUUAUUUUCUUUGUUGUGUUCA